ACGGGAAUUUGCGGCGCCUCUCCGCACUGAAUCUUUCCUCCAUACCCAUCGGGAAGAGACCGAAACCCUAAUUCGGUCGUGUUUUAUUAUGUUUGACGGAAUUUUUUUUGUCGUAUUUGCUUUUUUUUUUGUCUCUGUGAAUGAAACCUAUCGUGGGUUGUCUUUUUUGUUUUUUCUUUUUGGUUUAAUUUUUCUUCUCUCAACAUUUCUCAAAAAAAAACUUGUUUCUGUCUCUCCCUCGCUCCGCCCAGAAACCUCUUUUUUGUUUUUUUCCGGCAAUUACUCAGAAAUUUGUAUAGUAAAUAGUUUCAGUCUUUGGACCAUUCGAAUCAUUUUCUCCUCCUCUGUCGUUUUUCGCUUCAUUCGAUUUUUAAAGUUUACUGCUUUCCUUUUCUUUUUCUGGGUUUCGGAGAUCCACUUUUCUUCCGAUUUCACAGAGAAAAUAGGAUCUAAUUCGACGAGGCGUACCUUAAACUCGGGUGAUUUCGUUUGUAUGGUGGAUCUAACGAUGGGUUCUCACGUUGGAGUUCGCUGUAGUGUUAAGAAUGAUGGGUUCGAGCCAUUGGCUCCGCCGAGCUCGAUGUACAAUCUCACUCUCCACGAGGUUCAGAGCCAGUUAGGUGACACGGGCAAGCCUCUAAGCAGCAUGAACCUCGACGAGCUUCUGCAGAACGUUUUGUCAGCUGAAGCUGCCAACCAGUCCGUCGGAACUGAGCCUGAGGACGUGCCUCCGGGCAAUCAAAACGGCUCCACGCAAUGCCGGGCUAGUCUCUCGUCGUUGACCGGUACUCUAAGCAAGAAGACGGUGGAUGAAGUAUGGAGAGACAUACAGGAGCAAAGCAAAGGCAGGGGAGGAGACAGGAUUAAGGAGAGGCAGCCCACUCUGGGAGAAAUCACUUUGGAGGAUUUCCUGGUAAAAGCCGGAGUUGUGUCUGAAUCGAAUGUGGGAAAAGAGAACUGCGGGCAUUUUCCCGGGGUUGAUCCGAAUAUCGAUCCACAGUUCCUCAUGGAGCAGCAUCAGUGGAUGCAGCCAAUGGCGCAGCCUCUGCAAGCGAGGACACGUCUCGAGAAUCAGGCUGUGUUACCUCCUCCUCCCCUGAUGGGGACGUUGUCAGAGACGCAGGUUCCGGGGAGAAAGAGGGGUGCGACCGAGGAGUUUAUCGGGAAAACCGUCGAGAGGAGGCAGAAGAGGAUGAUAAAGAAUCGGGAAUCGGCUGCACGUUCAAGGGCAAGAAAGCAGGCUUAUACAAACGAACUGGAGAACAAAGUCUCGAGACUGGAGGAGGAAAAUGAAAAGUUGAGGAAGCAGAAGGAGCUGGAGAAGAUUCUGCCGGUAACUCCGGUGGCAGAGACAAAGUAUCAGCUGCGUAGAACAUCAUCGGCCCCUGUCUAGGAAUCUCUUUCUCAGGAGGGAUGGCCCAUUUGUAAGAUCAUCAAUCAACCCCUCCUUUCAUGAAUGCAUAUAUAAAGUUCGGAUCCUCUGUUUUUAGUUUAUUUUGUAUGUAAAAAAAAAAAGUUUAGAAUGUGGAAAACGUGUUUCAGUUUACUGUUUUUUUUUUCUGUAUAUAAAAGAAACUAGUUUUAGUCUUAAACUGCCUGUUUUUUAAUCUUCUGUCUGUAUAAAGCCAUGCUUUUUAGUUU